AUGUAUGCAGUAUGCGAAUGCGAAUGCAAAAUGCGUCGAAACAUAAACCAGAUGUGGGAACCAGUUGGUCAAAUUUUGGGGUGCAACACAAAUAUUAUGGAGUUGGUAGGACUAGGGUACACUGGAUGGUUUCUCUACCGGUACCUUCUGUUUAAGUCUAGCAGAAAGGAACUAGCUACGGAUAUUGAGGCACUGAAAAAGAAAAUUGCCGGAACGGAAUAG